UGUUUGGCGACUUUGGCGCGCUCGUUUGUCCCCAGUCGCCACACAUCGAGCAGUCAGAGUACAGUCAGUCAGUGAAAUAUACGCUUUAAAGUAGAACGUGUCAUUGCUACUAAUAAAAAUGGGUAUCGGUGAAGUAAAUAAGGAUUUAAUAAAAGAGAGGGCGAAGUGCACUUUUAAUGUGACAGAGUUGACGUAUUUUUUGGAUGGCGGGAAAGAAAAGACUUUUGAGAGGAAGGAAAGAGAAAGGGCGCUGUUGUCUAAACGAGAGGAGUUGUUCGGUGGGACACCAGACGAGUAUCUAAGUCAUAAGGAGAAAUACGAGAACUCAAUGCGGAAAGCUGUCAUCUUGUUCAGCUUGCUUCGGAAAAUACAAGAGGCAAAUAAUACGGACCUUACUAAUUACAGAAACCUCUUAAGUGGUGUGCUAAGUGCUUCUAUAUCUCAAGAUGGAUCACCCUUUGGUUUGCAUUACAUAAUGUUCAUGCCAGUGUUCAUGAGUCAGGCAGAUGAGGAGCAGCAAAAGAAAUGGCUACAUCGGGCUCUAAACUGCUCAAUUAUUGGGAGUUACGCUCAGACGGAACUUGGCCAUGGAACUUUCAUUCGUGGUCUGGAGACGACCGCCACAUACGACCCGUCGACUCAGGAGUUUGUGUUACACAGUCCGACACUCACCUCGUACAAGUGGUGGCCUGGUGGACUGGGGAACACAGUAAACUACUGCAUAGUGAUAGCCCAGCUGUAUUCCAAGGGAGAGUGUCAUGGCGUCCACUCCUUCAUCGUCCAAGUCCGAGACGAAGACACUCACAUGCCACUACCAGGGAUCAAGGUCGGAGAGAUCGGAGUCAAGAUGGGGCUGAACGCAGUCAACAACGGCUUCAUAGGCUUCGAUAACGUCAGGAUACCAAGGACCAAUAUGCUGAUGAAACACGCGAAAAUAUUGGAGGAUGGAACCUACGUGAAAUCUAAGAACAGCAAGUUGAUAUACGGAGCCAUGGUGUUCGUGAGGGUUGUGAUAGUGUUCGAUUCUGUCAACUAUCUGGCGAAGGCCAUCACUGUCGCUACUCGGUACUCUGCUGUUAGAAGACAGUCGCAACUCAAGGAGGGGGAACCGGAGCGACAGAUCCUAGACUACGUGACGCAACAGGACAAGAUACUAACCGCGAUAGCUGGCUGCUUUGCCAUGAAGAUGAACGCCAGGAUGCUGUGGGACACCUUCAAUGUCAUCAACGAUCAGCUUCACCAGGGGAACAUGGAGAGACUUGGAGAGUUGCAUGCCCUCGCGUGUUGCCUCAAAGCUAUCAGUACGACAGACUCCUCGAUGUUCACGGAGCGGUGUCGCCUGGCGUGCGGAGGGCACGGCUACAUGGUGUCCUCCAACCUGCCUCCGACAUACGCCCUCACCACCGCUUCCUGCACCUAUGAGGGAGAUAACACUGUUCUGUUACUGCAGACUGCCAGGUUCCUAUUAAAGACAUGGCGUCAGAUUGACUCUGGUCCACUGACUCCUACAGUGCAAUACUUGAAGACUGUCUCCGCUCCAGGGUUCUCAUAUAAAUGGGAGAAUUCUGUCGAAGGCAUCAUUAGAGGAUUCCAAAUAGUCUCUAUGAGGAAAAUAUCUUCGUGUUUGGAUUUAAUGACAUCAAAAGUCAUGUCCGGGAUGUCGCAAGCGGAUGCGUGGAAUACAAUCUCUAUACAAUUAGUUUCAGCUGGAGAGUCACAUUGCCGCGCGAUAGUGAUCUCCACGUUCCACGAGGACAUGUCGAAAGCAAUGAAGAGUAUGUCGGCGCCACUGGCGGAGGUGAUGGGGCAGCUGGUGGAACUGUACGCGGUCUACUGGGCGCUGGAGAGGCUCGGCGAUCUUUUAGAGUAUACGUCAAUUUCGGGUGCUGAUGUGGUGAAACUGAGGUCUCGGUACGAAGAGCUGCUGAGGAAAAUUCGACCUAAUGCCGUUGGACUUGUGGACGCUUUUGAUAUAAUUGAUGAGUUACUUCAAUCUUCUCUGGGUGCGUACGACGGUCGCGUGUACGAGCGACUGAUGGAGGAAGCGCUGAAGAGUCCUCUGAACGCGGAGCCAGUCAACCAGAGCUUCCACAAGUACCUCAAGCCGUUCAUGCAGGGGAAACUGUGAUAGAACAUAUAAAAACCUUCUGAUAGUAAUUCACUGCCGUACUCAGAGACAUUUAAUGAUUACUUAAAUUAAAUUCCUAUUGUUGAGUAAAGAUUUUGUUUUUAAAACAAGUGCUAAGGUUUGGGUUAAGUAAUCAUUAAAAUAUCUCCGAUGACGGCAGUUAGAGUAGAGUAGAUAAUGUUUUAUUUAACUGUUUAUUUUUGAAGUGUUUUUAAAGUUAUCUGUGAUGGGGAUGUCAAGCAAAAUGUGUAUAUGAUGAAUAUAUUUUUUGAUUUUUU